AGGACAUGCGGCGCGCAGGGGAGGCGGAGGUAGGGCUGGCACCCCCGCCGCUUUAUAAAACCUCCAUGCAGCGCGCCCGCGGCGUCCAGUGGCCCCCGCCGAGGAAAGGGCGAGCCCGGCAGCCCCGAUCGGCCCCACCAUGCGCUGUGCGCGCCCCCGGACGCGCCUCGUCCCGGAGCUGCUGCUGUUGUGGCUGCUGGCUGUGGCGGCGGUGACACCUUUUCGUUUGGACACCUCGCCGUUCAUCAUCUCCGAGAGCGACGCAGAGGAGUCUGCAUGCCCGCUGGAAUGUCCUCACGAACGCGGGCGCCCGGUUUGCGCCUCCGACGGGAAGCUCUACAAGUCCCCGUGCGCCUUCCAGAAAGCUCGAUGCCGCGAGCGUUCCCUCGAAGCCUUGCCUCGCUUCCGCUGUGGUGGGGCGGCCCACCGAGAGCCCAACUAUACCAACCUCACUCGGUGCCAGGAGGACCGAGCGACCGCCCUCUCACAGUCCCGGCGUCAGUCUCACGCAACCUACGUCCCGGAAUGCAAUGAAGACGGCUCCUUCUUGCAGGUUCAGUGCCAUAAACAGACUGGCUAUUGCUGGUGCUCCACACCAGAAGGGAAACCAAUCAGUGGAACGUCAGUCCUCAACGAAACACCAAACUGUACAGGGUCCUACACGGUGCGGACGUCGUGGCCAGAUCCCAACUCAUCUCGGAAAGAAGAUGGCUCCAAGCCCCGGCCCACCCAGCCAAGCCCCUUCCCCCACAAGCAGGAAGAGGGCACCUCCUUGCCGUUCCUCAUUCCCAUCAUCAUUCCGGAUUUCAAGCCCAGCCGCACGGUGAAGCAAGCUCCAGAAUACCCGCCGUCAUGUGAGCAGGAGCGGCGAGAGGCUAUUGAUGAGGCCCGGCAGCACCAACAGGAGGGCACCUUCAUCCCGGAGUGUGAGGGGGACGGCACCUAUAAGGCCGUGCAGUGCCACCAGGCCACGGGGUAUUGCUGGUGCGUGAGGGUGGACACUGGCCGGCCUGUUCCAGGAACUUCGACGAGGAACUUCCCCCCGGACUGCGAGGCAGAUGUGGCGGCCAAGAAUGCAGAAAUGAGCUCCCUGUUCCGGGAUCGGCUUCUGCCAGGUUGUCCAGGGUCCAAGAAGGUAGAGUUCCUCUCCAAUCUGAUCAAGGCCUUGGCUUCCGACAUGUUGCAGUCGAGGAUGAUGCCCGUUCCAUACCGAAGGUUUUCGGACAGCCUGACGGGGCCCAGCCUGGAGGAGCGAGCGGUGCGCUGGCAGUUUGUCCGCCUGGACAAGGACUUCAGCAACAGCAUCAGCGAGCGGGAGCUGCGGCCCCUCAAGCUCUACAUGAAGAGGAACACCCGGCCCAAGCGCUGCGUCCGCAAGUUCCUGGACUACUGCGACCUGGAUGAGAACAAGCUGAUCUCCUUGCAUGAGCUCAAAGGCUGCCUGGGGCUCAGUUAGCCCUACACACGUGACUUCCCCCUGACAAAGAAUGGCGCUUUCCCCCUCCAGAAGCCCAGGGGGCGCUCUCUCAUUCUCUGAGCACUGCAUUCCCGCCUCUGGUUGCAGACUCUUUGCACUUUAAAGAGACGGACUGGACUUUCUGCCCAGAAGGUUGACGAUGGUUCCGGGAAGUGGAGAUAAACGUGGAAAGGGGUGGGACAAACGUGGCUGUCAGUCCAUUUUCUGUGUUUUCCUUUUUAUUUUAUUUUUUGCUUUUUAAAGAAA